UUUUGCACAGACCCGCUGCGCUGUCUUAUGCAAAACUACGAAGGGAUGACGCCUUUUUGGAAUGAUCUAUUCCCAGCUGUCAAGCUGUAUCUGCUCGGUUUGAAGGUUUUGUUAGUUCAGUUGUUUAGCAGACCCUUCUCGCUGCCAGUGAUGCCCAGACAAGAUGGUAAGGUCACCAUAGUGACAGGAGGACACAAGGGAAUCGGCUAUGAGGUGGUCCGCUCCAUGGCCAAACUGGGGGCACAUGUCAUCAUAGGUGGGAGGGAUGAACAGGAGGGUCAGGCAGCCGUCAAAAGGAUCUGUGAAGAACACAAAGAGGCGCACGUGGAGUUCAACAAACUGGAUCUAGCCUCUUUGCAGUCUAUCCGACAGUUUGUCAAAAACUUCAAGAGGCGCAGCCUACCACUAAACAUUCUGAUCAAUAAUGCAGGUGUCAUGCUGGUUCCAGAGGGUCAUACUGAGGAUGGAUUCGAGCAGCACUUUGGUGUGAACUACCUUGGCCACUUCCUGUUGACCUGGUUGCUCUUGGACAAGCUGAAGGAUUGUGGAAAACAUGAUUCCUUUUCCCGUGUGGUCAGCGUGUCCUCCUCAGCCCACCGCAUUGGAAAGAUAAGACUAGAUGAUUUAAAUAGCAGCCAGUGUUAUUCAGCCCAUGGCGCCUAUUGUCAGAGUAAGCUGGCAUUGCUCUUAUUUAGCUCUCACCUCCACCAGGAGCUGCAGCGUGGAGGUUUCCCAGUGAGCUCAUGUGCUGUGGACCCUGGCAUGGUGAACACUACUCUGUAUCGCCACAUUUGGAUGCCGCUCCAUCUGGCGCAAAGAGCCAUCGCCCAUCUGUUUUUCAGGACUCCUACAGAGGGUGCCGCCACAGUGCUAUAUGCUGCCCUGUCCCCUUCACUGGAGGGGGACUGCGGAGGGGGCUACUGGGCCAGUGGCAGCAGGGAGAUGACAACUCCAUCGACCUUUGACUCGCAUCUGCAGCUGAGCCUAUGGGAAGCCAGCUGUCACUUGGUGCAUGUGCACUAGGACUAACCUGCAGAUACAGACCCUUAACUUGGGACAUCGAGCCACCUUUCUCACUUUCUCAGCCAUUUGCUUCUCGGCCCUGUACCUCACAUCGAGGUGUUUGUAGCGGCUUAAGGUCACAGUGCAACGCUGGAUUGUGAUUGGCUGUUUUUGGAGCGAAAUUUCCUCUUCUGUUUUAUUUUUCCAGACCUGCCAAAGAAGGGCUACAGGGGAUGGAAGACUUUUCUGUGUUUCACUGUGAGCAAGUAGAUGCACACAAACAUGCAGACACUAGACUUAUUCUGAUAUAAUGUUGCUGUCAUAGAGUCUGCCUAGUUGUUGAUAUUGGCCUUCUGUUAUUUAAAAAAUAGUUAAUGGAUCAGAUGUCUGACCAGCAAAUUGCUUCCACUGAAGCAGUGGUUCACAAACAUUUUUCUGUCUGAAGAGAGAGGGAGAGAGAGAGUACUCCCAUUUAAAACAGAUAAUUUUAUCAACUUUAAUAAUACUAUGGGAACUAAUAAAGAGAAAAUGUAAAUGUAUUUUAUUAAAAUAGCGUGAACUGUACUUUUUUUUUUUUACCUUGUUGCACUUUAUUUAAAUUGCUGGAGUUUACGGUGAAAAAAAAAAACUCCGUGAACCCCCAGCAACCUUGGCCCCCGCCCGUGCUUUGCUUAGUGAUCUUUGGAUGGCAAGGGGAAGGUGCCAAGGACAGUCUGUCCUCAUCUCCUGAUAUUCCAGAGUGAUUCUCUCUGUGCUUGGACCACAGCGUUUGUCUAGCCUGUAUAAGGCUGCGUCCAGCUGAGAACAAGUUGGCAGAGACUUUCAGCUUUUAAUAUGCUCUGUUCAUGAACCAUAGGGGGCAGGUCAUAAGGAUCAUGGAUCAACUUUAGUCUGCCACACCGCUAUUUAAAAGAAUGAAUUGAGAUGUCACAGCUAAUAUGAGAGCAUAUUUUCCUUCAUUUAAUGGAUUGAUUCCACUCAUUUACUCCGCUAUCAUGCUCAACUUUAUGUCCACUCAGGGGUGCCCGCCCCCCAUUUUGGGAACCACUGCACUAAGGCAUGUUCAGAUUUUCAUUCAGCCUCACUCUGCCUUAAUAGUCAAAUUUUCAGUUUCAGUGUCCCAUAAAUUUGCGUUGUGUUUGAAAAGCUUUUUGAUACUGGAAGAAUUCUGGGUUGGAUGUGGAAGAUUUGGCUCAGCAGCAGUCAACGACUGAAACAGUUGGGAAUUAUGUUCAAAUCCUUUUGGAUGCACACCACAUUCACACACUGACAAUAAUUCAGUGUUUCUCGGUUUGAACCUGCCUCGCCAUGGAGGGGAUUAUGUGAUGUCAUCGAUACAUUUUGACAUAUCGCCGACCACAUUUGAUACAUUCCUUCUUCUUCUCAAUCUUUGUGUUAUUAACUUCUGGUAGAUGUAUAAAUGAACUGUGUUUAACUGCUGAAGGAGACUACAAGAGAACAUGGAUACUUAUCUCUCUUUCCGCUGCUCAACAGUCUGACAACACGUUCUUGCAAACUGUUCAGGGAUUUUGGACAAUACUAGAGCUGAAUUAAGGAAGACAUCCAAUGUAAAAGUAGAACCAAGUUUGUAAUAAUUCCUGGUACUGACACUUGGAUGACGCGAUGCUCCAUUGUAUCUUCAGGAAUUGUCUUGCUGUUUUCACGAUUUCAACAUAUUGUGGUUUGCAGUUGUCGUCUGUCUGCUCAGAGGUAAAAAUGGGAGGUGAUAACCAACCACCAGCUUACUCUGUCUGGUUUUUGUGAUCAGUGUUAAUCCCUUUUAACUGUAUCUGUGGCACGUGUGUGUUUUCUGCACAUGAAUCAGCUCAUUGUUAUGGAGCCAACCCAUGCUUUGAGAUAACAGUACGAUCCUGGAUGAAUGGAGGUGAGGGGGUUAUGAGGAGAAACCACUCCUGUAUUUUGUUCUUUAUUACUUGAGCUUUGAUUGCUUUCUUAUUGCUCCUGCUGCUGCUACUCUUGCUUGAGCCCCACUCCCAAGUGCAUUGUGGGAUUGAUAUCCCAGCAGUGAGAAUCAAGAUCCCAUCUGCUGAGCCAUUUUACGCACUCAAACAUCACAAAUGGUACAUCCAGGCUUAUCCAAACAAGCACACGGCAAAUAAACACAUCUGACUGUCCUACAGUGCUGAAAUGCCAUUUGUCACUGUGAACAACCAUUUCCUUCUAUAAAGUUUGAAAAAAAAAUGCUUUUUGGCAAAAUGUCCUUCCCCACAUUUUUGUCACUCAAUGUGUUUAAUAACUGCUUUGGAUAUUUCCACUGAGCGUUUAUCUGCCAUAUGUGAAGCAAUAGUAUCACUGGUAACUAAUUCAGCCAGUAGCACAGAGCUGCACGUUCAGAAUAAUCACUCCAGUGUGAAAUCACACGUGUCAGAAAAAAGCCCAGCCUUGCAUCGCCAAUAUAAUAAUACAUUUUUGCAUUAAGAGUAGAAAACACAUUUGGUAACUGCAUCGUAUCGUGACAUGAGCAGUUUGAUGCUGCAUCCCAAUUCACGGGCUGAAUAGUCUGUGAAGGUGGUCGCCAAUCCAUAGGUCUAAAUCUAAUGGCGUGUUUGAGUGCUCAGUUCCAAACUGUGAAGCCAAAAAUUUGCAACCAUACAGCAAAAUAUCAUAAUCCUGAAGAACCUUGUUGUGAUGCCAUGUACUCUGCAAACAUUUUUCCAGCCCUGUCUGUGAUGCUUUUUCUUCAAUAUUAUGUUAGUAAAAGA